GAGCUUCAGUCAGGAAGCAGCAGCUCGUGCGCAGCACGAACACGGAAGAUCCUCCCGGAGAGCGCGCGGCGCGGGGCUGAGCUGAGCUCGAGCCGCGCGGAGCUUCACUCACUGCAGCCUCGUCUGAACGGAGCAGCGCGUGCGGGGGACCGGCGGGAGACACGCGCACAUAUACCCGCACCAGAGUGCGGGACCGCCGGGAGCGCGCGUGCGGGGAGACGCGGAGCUGCGGCUUUUAUCCUACAAACACGGGAUUCCGCGGGAUUAUCGGAUCUAUACCGGAUUUGGCGUCCUGUGAUUUUUGGAGCGAAACUGCGUUCGAUUUUCGUACAGUGGACGUGUUUAUGCGUGGACGUUUCCCCAUAGGAAUACAUUCAAAACUGUCCGUAAACUUUUGGACACUUUAGAGGAGGAGAGGCAGCAGAUAAAAGAGAAGAAGAGGCAGCAGAUAAAGUUAAAGGAAAAAGAGAGAGGCAGCAGAUAGAGAGGUAGGGUUGGAGAGAGGGAUCAGAUAGAGGAGGAGAGGCAGCAGAUAGGAGAGGCAGCAGAUAGAGUUAAAGGAGAGAGAGAGAGAGGCAGCAGAUAGAGGGGUAGGGUUGGAGAGAGGCAGAAGAUAGAGGAGGAGAGGCAGCAUAUAGAGGUAAAGAAGAGGCAGAUAGAAAGGUAGAGGAGAGGCAGCAGAUAGAGGGGAGGGAGAAGGAGAGGCAGCAGAUAGAGAAGAAGGUGUUUAAUCAUCUACAUUAUUGCAAGAUUAUUAUUAUUAUUAUUAUUUAUCUGGAUCCAAAUGAGCCCCUGGAUCCAGAAGUGGAGAGGCAGCAGAUAGAGGGGAAGCAGAGGCAGCAGACAACACCUUAACAACCACUUGAUAAACCAUAGCAACAGCACAUCACCCUCUUAGCAAGGGAAGGAGAGGCAGCAGAUAGAAGAGAAGGAGAGGCAGCAGAUAGAGGUGAAGAGAAAACAGCAGAGGGCAAGGACAGGCAACAGAUCGAGAAUUUACACCUUAACAACCACUCUGUAAACCAUAGCAACAGGAAAGAAAACACCCACUUAGCAACGACCUGGGAUUCCAUAGCAACCAUGUAUCCAAAUGUAUUUGCACUGUAGCAUUUUGCCAGAAGUUAAAAACAUAGCAACAAUUUGAACUUUUUGAAAGGUUAUUAAUGAGCUUUUUUCAAGCCAGCUUAAAGUUUGUUCAGAAAAAUGAACUUUUUAGAUUUCUUUUUUGUAUUUUAAUGAGUUAGAUUAGUGUGAGGAGUUUGUGAGGAGAUUGAGACUCUCUGACUCUACUAAUACAACUAUUAAUACUGCUAUUAAUACUACAGGAGCAGGAGGUGGAGGAGGUGGAGGCAGGAGGCAGAAGGGGUGUCCUGAGGCUGGUUCCUCUGCGGUUCCUCUCCUGAGGCAGACAGAUGCCCAAAGAGAGGCGGAGGUCUCUGAGGGAGGCCGCGGUGAGCAGGGCUUCUCCUCUGGGGGACGGCGGCGGGGCGGGGAAAGAGCGCCGCUUCUCCACCGAUCAGCAGCAGCAGCAGGAGGAGCAUCAGUCAUCCAUGGAGGAGGAGGAGCAGCAGGAGCUCCAGCGGAGCUCCGAGCACAGCGGGCCGGGCAGGGGCGGCCCCGUGCCGCAGGUCACCAUCACCGCGGCCGCCGCGGAUGGGCUGGCGGAGCUGGAGGAGAACAUGGACGAGGUGAACGGACCCCUCCGCCGCAAGCUCUCCAACUCCUCCAUCUCCUCCAACGGGUCCUCCGCCGCGAUGGAGGAAUCGGAGGACGAUAUUCUGAGCGACAACGAGACCAAGAGCAAAGGUAUCGUUACUCUGGAGCACCUGGGGGACUCAGGAGAGGCUAAAGCCUGGUGGAAGCUGAAGACUGUUGUACAUUGGCCUCUCGUAGCUUCACAUAGGAAGAGACUGUCCUGGGUCCAACUUGCGGGUCAUAAAGGAAGUUUUAAAGCAGCUGAAGAGGGCACGAUCCUGAAGAAAUACUCGGAGAAUGAGAAGCGGUGUUUUGAGAGUCUGAGAGAUGACGCUCUCCAGCGUUUUGUUCCAGCGUAUCACGGCGUGGUGGAGCGAGACGGAGAUCUCUUCCUGCAGAUGAACGACCUGCUGGUGAACUUCGAUGGGCCGAAUGUCAUGGACUGCAAAAUGGGAGUGAGGACGUAUCAGGAGGAGGAGCUGGAGCGAGCUCGGGAGAAGCCGAAGUUGAGGAGGGACCUGUAUAAUAAGAUGUUGGAGGUGGACAGUGAAGCUCCUACAGCCGAGGAGCAGAAGCAGCAGGCCAUCACCAAACCCAGAUACAUGCAGUGGAGGGAAAGCCUCAGCUCCACCAACACUCUGGGGUUCCGCAUCGAGGGCGUCAAGAAAGCAGAUGGAACGUGUCACACAGACUUUAAGAAGACUCGGUCGAGGGAGGACGUAACGCAGGUCUUCAGGGACUUCGUCAGCGAGAACGGAAACAUAAUUAGCUCCUACAUUAGGAGGCUGGAGGAAAUCAGACAGGCUCUAAAGGCUUCAGAGUUCUUCAUGAAACACGAGGUCAUCGGGAGUUCGCUGCUGUUCAUCCACAAUCAAGCGGAGCGCGCAGAGGUCUGGCUGAUCGACUUCGGGAAGACCACGCCGCUUCCAGACGGACAGACGGUGGACCACUGGAGCCCCUGGCAGGAGGGGAACCGAGAGGACGGAUAUUUAUGGGGUCUGGAGAACCUCCUCCAUACCCUCACCUCACUAAACACAGAGUGCUCACCACAGCGUGUUCACACUCAGCGUUCACUAUGAUAACUCUCCAUCUGAUCUCCAGACGAGGAGGAAACGGAGACAGGGACUCUUUCACAGCGUGCCGCGGACACAAGUGACGUCACCAUCUCCUUAUUUACAGGAUUCAGCCGAAAAAUCUCUCGUUUCUGACUCAUCCGUCGAGUUCGUCUCGAGUUUUCUCUUUAUACGAGUCACUGAUCAGCAGAGCUGCUUCUAAACUUCACCUGGUGCUUCUUAUUUUUCUCUAGAUAUGAUCAAACCCCACAGCAAUGCAUUUAAAAUAAUCCAACAGCCAUAAUCAACACUAUAAACACAUACAGCUCGGUAAAAAAUGAGGACAUUGGUUUUAGCAGAAAUAAGGUACUAUACAUAUAUUUUACAUUCUAGUUUUUAGACAAAAAUGAAAAAACAACAUGACCAAAUGCUAAUGCUAAGUAAAAAAUGGUAAAAUGAUGACAAGCUGUUGGCUGUUGGUGUUCAAUAGACCAAUAUACAGCUCUGAAAAAAAAAUAUUUCAGUUUUUCUGAUUUUGCAAUAUGUUUGAGUGGAAUAACCCUGGUUGGUUUUUCAUGCAUCUUGGCAUCAUGUUCUCCUCCACCAGUCUUACACACUGCUUUUGGAUAACUUUCUCAAGCAGUUCAGUUUGGUGGUUUGAUGGCUUGAGAUGAUACAUCUUGCUCUUGAUUAUAUUCCAGAGGUUUUCUGUUUGGUAAAAUCAAAGAAACUCAGCAUUUUUAGAUGCUAUCUUUUUUUUCAGAGCUUUGUAUUCUCAGGCACUUUUAUUUUAUUUUAUUUUUUAGCACAGAUUAGCUUUAAAUGGUUAUUUAAUUUACAUUGUUUGAUAUUGUCAUUUUUCUUCUUCUUCUCGUAGAUAAAGACCGAGCCUAAGCCAGAGUUACUGGUUAUGGCAUGUUUUUGGCUGCAAAAUGAUUUCCAACCUCAGGUCUAUUAAUAAACGCCCAAUCCCUUUAACAUGAGCGGGCACGCUGGGUUACGCUGGGUUGCGUUGCUAACGUUUUCAUGAGUCUUACAGGUUUUUAACAUGGACAUGAACCGGGAUGUUCUCGUAAAAUAAGAAAAUCGCCUACAGAAAAAAAACAGGGAGCACAAAGUAACAGCGCUUUCACGUAAAAAUCAAACCCAAUCCUAACGUCUAGACUCUACAGCACAUAAAAGAUAAAUCCAUUACAUCAGCUAGUGUAGCACUUAUAUACCACACAAUAACCUUUAUACUCAUAAAUAAUAUAUUAUACAGCAAAAUCCACAGUUAAUCCUGCAAAAACACAAAAAUUUGCACAAUGCUAUUGGCUGCUAUCUUUCAUCAGCUUUCUCGCCAUUAUAUUUUAAUUCAUAUUCUACAGAAUCUCUCUCACAGGAAUCAUUUGCUAUUUAAUUCUAAAUAAAUAGAAAAUAACAAUGUAAAUGAAAAUCCCUGUAGAUAAAUAAGCAUUUAAGGCGUAAGCAUGUAAGGCCCCCCCCCAAUACCCCCAUAUAAUUCGCACCCUGGGUCAGACUGUAACGUUAAAAAAGCAAUGUUGCGAGAACAUUAUAAAAAUGUGUGAUAUAUAAUAAUAGUUUGCAUCAAAGCAUCAGAUUAAAUAAAUAAAAAUACAUGUUUCUCAUACAACCUUCCCAGCUAGACGAAUACUAGACAAAACAACAUUAAGGAAAAGUAAAAGUAACAUUCUCAAAACUAAAAAUUAAAACUUUGACACAAGUGCUGUUGUUAAUGUUUAAAACCAUUCAAUUAAAACAUUCUGAGAACGUUACCUCUCCAUCUUCAGCUCAACAACAGCUCUGUGUUCAUGCUUUGUUUUUGUGUUUCUCAGCUCUGGGUGUUGUGAAAUGAAUCACUUGUUUGUGUGGGCCUGGUGAUGAUGGUGACUGUAUAAAAGUGUAAAAGUCUGUUAGAGGGUGAGCACUGGCUGAACGCUGGAUAUGACUCACCAGCGAAGUCCCUACCAUGAAGUUUUGCUGGUAAUAAGAACACAUGACACACUGUUUCCAGAAAUGUAGUGUAGAAUUAUAUAUACAGUAUGUGUGCUGUAAGACUACAAAUAUAACAGCUCAAUUUCUGGGUCACUAGAGAACUAGAGAUGUUGGGCUUCCUAAAUACACCCCAUUAUUAAAGCUCACCUUAUUAUUAUUAUUAUUAUUAUUAUUAUUAUUAUUGUUUCAUGAGUCCAAUCCAGUGUCCAACUCAGAGGAAGCCCAUGUCAAACCCAUCCUGCUCCCAGAGGUAAGCUAUUGGUUACCUAGUGCGCAUGAUUAGCAUUAUUAGCAUUAUUAGCAUUUGCCUGACAUUACUUUCACCAUGUUUCAUAUUUGACUGGCCGUGCUAACAAACCCUGACGAUCUUUACAACUUAAAUUAAUUGGCUGUUCCCAGCUGGAAUUUCAACACUGAAUCACUGUUGGAUUUGAUGUUAAUUUUGAACAGACCACUGAAGUCAUGGCGUCAUUUUGUAGUCUGCGCCAUGUUGUUUAUGCCCAUAUUUGGGUUCCAUGUCUAAGUGGUGUCUGUCACAUUCUGUGCUGUACGUUUUAUUCUGUGUACAUUUACCUCCUAAAUAUCACUGGAUCUGUUUCCUUUUUUGGAGCGGCCCGCGAGGUAUUUUAGAAGUAGACUGAAAGUUGGCCCGCUGUUAAGCACGUUUUUAUAAUGUGAGAUUAAACGCUAGGUGUUGUUUGAACGCUAGGUGUUAGAAACGGGCCAAAGAGUCUAAAAGCAGAGAGAGUGCGCAGUUGUAACACAGAAAAACGGGCCAAAGAGUCUAAAAGCAGAGAGAGUGCGCAUUUCUAGAGCAGAAAAACAGGCCAGAGUCUAAAAGCGGAGAGAGUGUGCAUUUCUAGCACAGAAAAAGGGCCACAGAGUCUAAAAGCGGAGAGAGUGUUCAGUUGUAGCACAGAAAACAGGCCAAAGAGUCUAAAAGUGGAGAGAGUGCUCAUUUCUAGCACAGAAAAAAUGGGCCAAAGAGUCUAAAAGUGGAGAGAGUGCGCAUUUCUAGCACAGAAAAAAUGGGCCAAAGAGUCUAAAAGCGGAGAGAGUGUUCAGUUGUAGCACAGAAAACAGGCCAAAGAGUCUAAAAGCGGAGAGAGUGCGCAUUUCUAGCUCAGAAAAACGGGCCAAAGAAUCUAAAAGCGGAGAGAGUGCGCAUUUCUAGCUCAGAAAAACGGGACAAAAGAGUCUAAAAGCGGAGAGGGUGCGCAUUUCUAGCACAGAAAAACGGGCCAAAGAGUCUAAAAGUUGCCGUAAUUAAGGAGUUUAAUAUUAAGAGACAUCAUGAAAUCAUCAAUUUGAAAAAUCUUAGUUUACACAACACUGUCAAAGAUAGAUAAAGAUAAUAAGUCAAGUAAAAUGGUGUGUAAAUGAAAAUAUAAUAAUGUAUUAUUUAAAUAAUGUAUUAUUUAAAGUGGUAUAUUUCAUUAUUUGUUUUAUUACAGUUAAAAUAUAUUUCUCCUUCUGGCCCCCAACAAAAAAAGUUUGGACACCCCUGCAUUAGAUAAACGCUGGCACUUUUCUCAUUACAACUCUUAAUCGAUCUGGUAAUUCAGAGGAUCCAGUGAUAUUUAGGAGGUAAAUAAAACGUACAGGGUUCUGAACAUAUUUACAGAAAAGUUAAUCAAUGAUAAUUUGCUAACGUUGUUUUAACAUCGUACGUUCAUCUUUUAAUAAACCGUAACUCACAUUCAGGAUGAUCAAAUUGCUUUAAUUACUACAAGUAGCUUAAAAAUCCUAUGGUUGAGGACAUGAUGUUGAUUCAUCGUGAAAAAUUUCAACAGUUGCACAAUCAUUUAAGAUUUAAUAUUGUUUUAAAGUUGUUUCAGUGUUGUUGGUUGGUUGUUUUCCAGCUGGGAUGGCUCAUAGCUUUAUCCCCAACACACAGGAUUUACUAGUAUAAAGAAACAGGAUGAGAAAAAUAAGUUCAGUUAUUGAGAUAAAAAAAUCUAACCAGACAAACACUGCCCUCCUCUGACAGAACCCGGUAUUGAACUGUUGUUGAACUGAAUCAGGUGUGAACACACACUCAGAUACACUUACUCCCCCUCUGUGCUGAACUCCUGUGCUGAAACGUCACAUAGAUGAUAUUUAAUUUUGCAUGUAUGUAAAUGUGUGUGGGUUUACACAGGGUUGUGGGAUUUGAGACCACUUACCCUACUGUUUAUAUUUCUUUAUUUUCUACUUGAAGAUCAAACUCGUAUGCAAUGAAUCAGCCUGUGAACAGGAAAUAGAAAUAUACUUCUGAUGAUUAUUUUUUAGAGAUUGUUGUAAAGAAAGGUACCUGUGAGUAAUGAAUGAUUACUGAUUGAUUAAGGCUUUACUAAGACCCUGUUUACACCUGAUCACUUUAUGUGACUUAAGUAUUAGGAUUAUAUCAAAUAUCAAAAUGCAAGUGUAAACACCCACUGUGUUUGUCUAUUUAUAGGUUUAUGUUUGAGUAAAAUGAACAUUGUUGUUUUAUUCUAUAAACUACAGACAACAUUUCUCCCAAAUUAAAAAAAUAAAUAAAAAAUUAAGAGCAUUUAUUUGCAGAAAAUCUAAUUAGAAAUCAAUAUUUGGUGGAAUAACCCUGGUUGGCAUCAUGUUCUCCUCCACCAGUCUUACACACUGCUUUUGGAUAACUUUAUGCUGCUUUACUCCUGGUGUAAACAUUCAAGCAGUUCAGUUUGGUGGUUUGAUGGCUUGUGAUCAUCCAUCAAUCAAAGAAACUCAUAACAGUCAGAUUUCAGUCUGAUUAAUAUUUGAUGUAAAUGCAUGUGGUUUAAAUCUUACUAUACAAUCCAGAUACUUAUCAAAUGAAAUAAAGUCCAGGUGUGAACAGGGUCUGAGUUUCUGUGGUGUUCAGCAUUAAGUGUAAGGCUAUGUUCAGAUUUGUUUCUUAAAUCAGAUCAGAUGAGAUGAGUGUACACACUGUAAUUUGGUAGUAAUUGAUCAGAUUGGAUUUGUUUGGCUUUUCUGUACAAUCUUAUUUUUGAUAAUCUGUAUAUUUACUGAUUAUAAUCUCAUUUCAAACCACUUCCAAAUCUGGUUUAGAUCAAAAAUCAGUACAGAUACAGUUGAGAUUUGGGCCGACAGUCUGAACAUAGCCGAAGGUUCUGGGAAGAGAUUUUUAUAUUUAUCUGUAUUUCUAUCAAAGUAUUUUUCAAAUCGGACAAAUUUUGAAUGUUGAAACACUAUGAUUUCAGGGAUCUGGUGAAAGUAUUUCUUGUCACAGAAUGUAAAUAUUUUAAACUUUCUCAUAAAAAUCAUGAAAAAUGAAA